AGGAUUUAGUUUUAGCUCUGAAAAGCUUUGUGAAAUACUCUCAGAGCAACAAUUUAGGAAUCAACAAUCAUCUACAAUCAUCGUAAUUUAGAAGUAAUAUGCUAUUUUCUUAUAAACUGUUGUUGAUGUGCGAUCACUUGCGGGUCUGAUGUGACGUAAAUUCCCUCAUUCCCUCUCUGUUCGUAGAGCCCUGAACGCGCUCGCUCCCCUCGGAUUGUAAUCUCUCUUAUAGCGGAGUACCCUGUGAAGUCCACUUCGAAGGGCACUUAUACUGUCGAAUGGGACGCACCUAAAGUCUCCGUCACUGAAGUCGUUCUCGCUUUGCUAUUUCAGAUUCUGGAAACGUUAAAUGUACACGGACCUCUUCGUCUUUAACAGCAUAUAAACCAUCAUGUCAAUUAUUUAGUCAGCGGUUCAACUGUCUCUGUUGUUCUUCUUUUGUGGAUUUUGUUAACAGUCGUCUCUGUCAGUAGGUUGGGUGUGGCUCCCAAACGAGUAUUAAUAUCCAUGGAAAUCAGAUUUUGUUGGAAUCUACAAACAAUAUGACUUUAAGGAUACUUCUGUCUUUUUUGAUAAUGUGCGGUGUGCUUGGCACUGAAGAUGAUGAAGGGAAGACUUUAUCGGUGAAGGAGGGAGAUUCUGUCACUCUAAACCCUGAUCUCAACGAAACACAGGGGUUUAAUCUGAUACAGUGGAGGUUUGGAGGUGAUGGCUCCACCAUUGCUAGAACCGAUGGGAACGAGAUCUCAUAUGCCAAUGAUGAGAGAUUCAGAGACAGACUACAGCUGAAUGAUCAGACUGGAUCUCUGACCAUCACGAAUAUGAAAAACACAGACUCUGGACUCUAUAGAGUGACGAUCAGCGGCAGCAAACCGAUGAUUAACAAGAGAUUCAUCGUUACGGUCAGUGGUUCAGGUGUGUCUCCAGGAGCUGUAGCAGGAAUAUUUGUUGUUUUCCUGCUGAUGAGAAGACUCUGAUAGUGAAGAAGGGAGAUGAUGUCACGCUUCACACUGAUGUUGAUAUGGAGGAUAUAAGUCAGAUCCUGUGGACGUGUGAAGGUCUAGAUGCUCGUAUCGCUGAAAUCAGAGACGGGACCAGAGAGACGUUUGAUGCUGCUGAUGGGAUAUUCAGAGACAGACUGAUGCUGGAUGAGACUGGAUCCCUGACCAUCAGAAACAUUGAAAGAGGACACGCUGGAGUCUAUAUACUACAGUUCGAGCGCAACUACGGAAGAAGAUGGCCCUUAUACAAAGAUUCAAUAUUAUUGUCAAUGACAGGACUAUAUCAGUGAUGGAGGGAGAUGAUCUCACUCUAAAUUCUGAUACUGAAUUAAACAAAGAUAAGCAGGUAAAGUGGCUGUUUGGAGGUAUCAGCUCUAUAAAGGCUCACAUAGCUGAAAUCAGUGGAGAGACCGGAGAGAUCUUUACAUAUGAGGGUAAGGCUGAUGGGAGAUUCAGGAACAGACUGAAGCUGGAUCCUCUGACUGGAUCUCUGACCAUCAGGAACACUGGUCCUGAACACUCUGGAUUCUACGAAUGCCAGAUCAAAAAGGGCGGAGGGUCUAGCCACAUGAUAUUGAUGGUUCAGUGAGAGGACGAUCUCAGUGGAGGAAGGAAAGAAUGUCACACUAGAGAUUGAUUCAGAAAUACAGAAGGAUGAUCAGAUUCUGUGGAUGUUUGGAGUUGAAGAGACUCUCAUAGCUCAAAUCAAAGGAGAGAACAGAGAGACGCAUGAUGUUGCUGAUGAGAGAUUCAGAGACCGACUGAAGCUGGAAGACUCUGGAUCUCUGACCAUCAGUAACAUCACAACUGAACACACUGGAGCCUAUAAAGCUCAGAUCAUCAGCCGGGGAACAACCUCAUACAAGAAAUUCAAGGUUGCUAUGCUCGCGGAGUAUUUGCCAGUGAGGAAGGUAGAUGAUGUUACGCUACACACUGACUCUAAAAUCCAGAGAUGCGAUCAGAUACGGUGGAUGUUUGGAGACAAGAAUCUCAUAGCUGAAAUCAAAGAAGGGACCGGAGAGAUGGCUACAUAUGAUGAUGUUCUGGAGGGGAGAUUCAGAGGCAGACUGAAGCUGGACGAGCAGACCGGGUCUCUGACCAUCACAAACUUCAGAACAGAUCACACUGGACUCUAUAAAAUGAAGAUCAGCAGAAGCGCCGGAAAGUGCAAGAACAAGAGUUUUGAUGUUUUUGCCAGAGUGGCGAUGGUAUCAGAGGAUGAGGAGAUGAACGAAAAUGGAGUAAAUGAAUCUUUGACUGUAGUGAAGUCGCUGCUUAAUGGAGAUAAUCUGGAUCUAGUGAAUGAGCAAAACUAACAUCAUCAAUAUUUGAGCUCCAGCUACAACAAUGCAACAUAUUUCUGGCCUUUUUGAGCUUCUGGAAUUCGUCCAGAGAAAGUAAGAGUUGAUCCGUGUCCUUUGGUUUUACAUGAACUGGGAAAUGUACUGAUAGAACCCAUCCCAGACAACAAGCAGUUUCAGCCCAGAUCCGGCCCACACAUGGAUUUCACACGGGCCAGAUGUGGGCCGCAUCUGGGCCGAAACAAGAUCAUAUAUGGCUUUUAAAUAUAUAUAUAUUACCACAGCAGUAUUUCUCUAACCAUUGUAUGUGCUCUCUUAUGUAACAAUUAACACCAGGUAAAUAUUCAUGUUUAGUUUUGGGGUCAGAACACCUGACCUUCUCGACUGUGUGAGACGAUUCAGAAACAUCUCUGACCAUCAAUGCAUCCGACACUUAUGUUGUUGAAACUAAUCAACUACUUAUUUUACUUUUAAAUUGUGAUUGUUGUACCUUUUGUCUACUGUAUUAAGUGAACUUAAAUGUUAUCUAAAGAUAUGUUCUGAAGUGAACCAGAAGUGAACUGGAUGUGAAUGUAGAACUGAAUCAUAUCUGAAUGUGUGUUCAUGCCGAAGCACUUAAAUUAGCCUUUGAUCUUAAAAAAAAAAAAUAAAGAAUUAUUUCUGUCCUCUAGAUACAGUUAAAAAAACAACAACGUAAAACUACAAUUAUUCUUUAGUUGUGUUAGACAUACUGUAAUAAUGGUUUCAACUGGAAUAUUGCAUGUUCGUGACAAUUUUAGAAAAGUAAAGUUGCUCAAGCCAAGAAGCUUCAUAGAUGCACUUCAUCUUAACGAACUCCAAAUGACAGUAGAAGUUUUAAAAAAGCUUUGAGUAAAGAACCCAAUUUUAUGCAUAUUUUUUUAUAAUAAGGCAUCAUUGCUUAUUGUAAUUUGUGAAUAAAACACUGAAAUGAAGUUAGAACAAUGAAAUUAGAGAAAUCACCUGUCAUCGAGAAAACCUGUCUGGUUGGAUCCACAGUCAGAGGAUAUGACAGCCAAUCCGGGAUGGAGCGAUGAUUCUGUCCUCCUGACUUCGACCUUCCUCGACGACACUGGUCAACGCUGAAACGGUUUCAGACGGGACAAGGUCAGUGUGCAGUCAGUGGUUCACUGAUCUCACACCCAUAUUUCAUUCAAAAUAGAUCAGAGAAAACAUGAAUGAAUAUGACAAUUUUUCUAUAUCCCUCACCUCCAGGUAUUUUAAUAAAUGGUGCUCACUAUAG